AAUGAGACGGAGAGGGUUCUGCCGCGUCGCCCCCGUGUAUCGCUGCGUCCCGCUCGCACGCACGUGGCUCGUUUCGCCGUCUCGAACGGCGCGCUCGGCAGCGGUAAACGCUCGCCACGACGGGAAUUCGGAGUCGUAGAGCCUCAUACGCGGGUCAUAAACGAUCCGCGGCCAUAGUAGAGGUGCACGCGCGAGAAUCGAUCCGAAUCGCCGGCGAUAAACGCAUCUCCCGCGAGGCGAUCGUCGCGCGCCGCGUCGCCGCCGAGCGAUGAGUUCCAAGUUCAUCAUUGAUAGCAUGCUCCCCAAGUACCAUCAGCAGUUCCAUCAUCAGAAUUUGUUCGCGGGUGCGGGAGCGUCGCCCAUAGAGGCGUCGCUGUCGUCGUCGUUGUCGUCGUCGCUGUCGACGUCGCUGUCGAGUUCGCUGUCAGGCGGGCUGGGCGCGGCGGCGCUAGGGGCUGCGCCGGGCGCCGGCAGCCCGCAGCGCUCCUCAUCAUCGUCGUCGGCGUCGCCGGGCGCGCCGGCCAGGAUGUAUCCAUACGUGUCGCACCAUCAACAGUUCGGCGGAUCAGUGCCGUUCACAGCAGGAGGCUCGCUGUCUGCCGCAGAUGAUAAGAGUUGCCGAUACCCGACGGCGGUGGGCGCUGAUCCGAUGGUGAACUAUGCGCUGGGACAGCACAAUGGAGGAGCCGCGGUGUCAGCGGCGUCGGCGAGCAUGGCGGCCGCGGCGCAGUUCUACCAUCAGGCAGCGGCGUCGGCAGCGUCCGCAGCAUCAGCCGCCUCCGUGGACGCAAUGGGUGCCGCGUGCGCGCAACCCUCGGCACAGCCGCUGCCAGACAUCCCGCGGUACCCUUGGAUGUCCAUCACUGAUUGGAUGAGUCCCUUCGACCGCGUGGUCUGCGGUCCUAACGGAUGCCCGAGGAGGCGGGGGCGGCAAACCUACACAAGGUUCCAAACUCUAGAGCUCGAGAAGGAAUUCCACUUCAACCACUAUCUGACACGCCGGCGCAGGAUAGAGAUCGCACAUGCCCUCUGUCUCACAGAGCGGCAGAUCAAAAUUUGGUUCCAGAAUCGGCGCAUGAAGUUAAAGAAGGAACUGCGCGCCGUCAAGGAGAUAAACGAGCAAGCGCGCAGAGAGCGGGAAGAGCAAGACAGAAUGAAACAACAACAGCAAGAGAAGCAGGCCAAGCUCGAGGGGCAACACCACGGGCACCACGUGACCCACCACCACGACCCGAUGAAAAUGCCCAUCGAUAAGGGCUCCAACGACCUCCUCAAAGUGAACAAGGUCCCCACGUAAGGUGUCCGCGACACCGAAUAGGAAAUCAUGACUGAUUCUGUAUCAUAUAGUGUGAAAUGUAUGGAAGUGUUGCGUCCAGAAGGACCUGCGGGCGUUAGUCGAUUCGUAUCCAUUAGUUUUAUGUUUUGCGGCUGAUCAGAAGUGUCUCGUUGUGGAGGCGUCUCGUGACUAUUAUUUUAUAAUGUUCCUUUAGUGCGAAGGACUUGCCUCGGUGUCGUUCGCUGGGUGGACAGGCUGGUGAUGUGCUUUAAGCAUUUAUUUUGUUGCCAUAACCACACCUUGUAUUGCAAUAAUAUUUUACUAAAAUUUACAAAGGGCGUUAGAUUCGCUCAAGAUUUACAUAAGGAGCCAGAGUGAAUUCGGUAUUGUUAGUUAAGAUUUUAAAUCUGUGAAUCUCAUAGUAUUUAUUGCUACCACUUAAUGUAAUCCAUUAUGUUAUAUUUUUUUAUUGAUAAAUAUUAUAUUAUGUACAUUUUGAUGUAUAUUUUAUUAUUUGUCCGCUGUUAGCGGGCUAGUUAUGUUUUGAAGGUCACAUUUUUUUAUGAUUGUAAAAUUUGUUGUAUUUUAUCAGUUGAUUUCAAAAGAUUUACUUUUAUUUUUUGACCAGAUUGUGAUUCAAUUCAGUAGUUUAAGUCCGUAAAUUGUUGUUUCAUUUGAACACAUUGCGAUAGUAUAAUUAUCGACAAAUUGAUAAAUACAUAGCAAAUUUGAUAUAAGAAUUUGAAACUAUGUUAAAAACAAUAUACGUAUGGAAGUACAAUUGGAAAUAGGUUUUCGUCGUAAUGAGUGUUGCGUUUUAUAUUUUCUGUCUCGGGAAUGAAUAGCUAAGAUAAGACCGUAUUUUUUGAUAAUUCUAGUUAAAACACCAUGUCCAUGUUUAAUGAAACAGAUAUCGAACAAUAUGAACAAAAUUAUUGGUGGGAAAGGCGCAAACCGUGUGUUGUCCCGUGUUAGCGCCCGAGUCAUCUGAUGUUCAAAAUUAUAUACGUAACGAUGAUACAUAUAAUAAAUUACAAUAAUGUGACUAAAUAUAAAUUUUACACGUAAUAUUAAAAGUUGAGUAGUGUAAGUGUAUUAUAAAUAGGUAAAUAGGUUCGACUUUGUAUGAAGUAUUGCUAAGACUUAGGUACCUAUAACAUGCUGGUGUGAAGCGAGCAGUGGUCACACGCUAUUUUAUUAGGUCGAGAAAGUCGAUGUCGCAAGUUCCUCAUUUCAACGAACUUAAAAAUAUAAAAAAAAAAUGUUCGUUAAAAACGCGACUUCUCGGGUCCGGACGACGGAAUUAUGUUUCCUGCAAUUUUUACGUUGCCAUAUGCACAUUUGAAUUUACCGGUUCACUUAUUUCACACAUAAAAUGUCUACGUCGUAAGCAGGCAUCGUAUAACUCCAAAAAGGCAGUUUUGUGCUUGCGCUUAUUAACACCUGGUUGAGUACAGAGUGUAUUUAACACGUCAUAAACCUUUGUAUCCGCUUUCGAUUCCGUCUUGUGCCAAAAAUACGUGUACUAUUAAAAUACUUUAAUUGUUUAAAACUUCGCUUACUUCUGCUCCAUUCACUAUUCCGUUUCGUUGCUACUCUUAUACGUAACCUGAGCAAAAGUUAGAAAUUUAAAAUUAGUGUUUAUAGUCACCAUUAUACGUAAAUUAAUGUCAGGGUAGAAUUUAAAACGGUAAAUUAAUAAUUAUCUGUACUAAAUAUUGAAGUCUCCGCUUGAUUUUUAUAAAUCUUCUCUUGAUAUCUGUCCACUGUGUUAUUUGGAAUAUUGUAUAUCUGGUAGCUGUGUAAAGGUAAUCAGAAAUUAAUGUCGUGAUAUCAUUAGGGGUCGGAUUAAGUCUUCGGUAGAUUAAUCAUUCAGUAUCAUAAUCAUGUUUCAGUAUAAUAAAUGUGAAUCUCUUCAGAUCAAAAUGAAGUGAUUGACUAUUGAAAUGUCACAUUUGACACUUUGAGGACUCAUUUUUUUAUAUAAUUAAAGAUCAAGUUAAGACACAUCGGCCUUAAAUAUGGAGAUUAUUCAAACUAUCACCAUGAUGGCAUGACUACAUGAAUAUGAACUUCUUUUAGAAACUUGUUUUCUAAUUUGAUCAAUAUCGUAAUAUUUUUGGCGUGUCAUUCAUUUACACAGUGAAUAUACAUUAUGUACGAGAUUAUGAACAGUUUCCCUGCCUUUGUACAACGUGUGCAAUACAACAUUUUAUAUAAACGCGCCAUAAUCGAUGUCUAAGAUUACAUAAAGAAUAAGGUUGUCGUUAGUUAUAACUUUAUCCCAUCUUAUUUUAAAAAUCGAGAAUGAAAAUCGAACACAAUGUACUUAAGUAACUUCGUUAUAAGUAGGCUUUAUAAAUUAUAAAAUGCAUAGUUAUUAAUAUAUGGUAGAAACUUGUAAUAAAAUGUAAGCGUGGAACCGACGGUUAGUAUUUUGAAUGAUAAAACAAAAACGCUUAAAAUUAUUUAGUAUCGUUCGUAGAAGUUAAUCAUCGUUGGUAAUGAAAAUACAGCGGGGAAUUUGAAAGAUGCUUCUAUGUCGGAACGUAUGUGCACACUGGAUUCGCAAUACUGUUGGAUAUUAAUACAUUACACAAUGUGUGUAUACGAAUUAAAUUGUUAUUUCUUGCAUUUGAAUAUUAGAUACUUGUUUCGAAUACGUUGCAUUUUACGCUUUUGUUCAUGGGAAUGUGCAAAUUAAAAACCGUUCGCGUACUGUUUACCCGUUGCUAGCUUCGUCAUAACUAUCCAUUAAGUUUCGUCUUUAACAAUAGGUAAAUCUAUGUAACAUAGUAACGAUAUGUGUGUAGGUAUGUACGUCCGUUGAUUUAUGUCGGGUUCUCUUUAUUGUUUCUGCCUCGUAAAGAACUGCAAUUCAUGUGAAACAAUGAGCAAUUUGGUAAAUAGAUUAUAUACGUCCUCCAUCCAUAAUGCUGUCUUGCCAUACUGCUAGUGUUUUUAGAUUAGGUAUAUUUACGUACCUAACUGAUUAUAUAUCGUAAUUAAUUAACAAUUAUUGGAAUUGUUGUAACAUCAUUUUUUGUUUAAAAACUAUUCAAAAUAUUCCGUUUUGAUAUUUCUGUUGUAUUAAGUUUAUUUGUUGCGUUAUCGACGUUAUAGUAUUGUAUAUCAUUUUCGAUGUUUAACUUUAAUUACUGUAACAAGACUUCCGUUCUAUUUGUUAUUACGCAGAAUAAUCGAUCAAUUUUAUCUUUAAUAUAAAUGUAGCUAUGUAUCUAUGUAUGUAUAUCUAUAUUUUUGAAUAUAGUAAUUAAAAUUGUCUUAAAAUUAAGUAAGUGUAAAUAGUCGUGAAAGUUUUAUGUGGCGCAUUAUUUUUUUGUUUAUAUUUUUUUUUGUUUUAUGUUACGUAUUUAUGUAUUGAGUUGUGACGUCGGCCCGGAAGGCUUGCCCACGUUAAUUAGACACUUCGCAAGUAUAACAAUCCGAAGAUUGAUUAUUGAACGUAGAGUUCAAUAUAGGAAAGGUUGUGAACGGAACCUUAAAUUUCUAUAUUAGCGGUGUAUGCAUCUUUUCCUUAGUAUUGUUCCAUAUUGUUCUAAUACUACAUCUGCAAUAAUAAUUAUCGUGGUCAAGCAGCAAACAUCGGGUUGCGACGCGCAAUGACUGUGUCGUGGUAUAUAAGCAAAUAGUUGGGUGAUUGUAUAUGAAGCCCGCAUUCAAUAUUGUAAUAUUAAUUUCAAAAAUUCAAGAGAAUAAAGAGUUAAUAAAAUAA